AUGCCCGUUCUGGCACCAUCACCAAUAGCACCCAUUGAACCAGACGUUUUCGACGACGAUGACGGCUGGCAAGACAUGCCGGUGGUCCGGAACGAUGAGUUCGCUAGCGGCCUUGACGAAGAAGACCAGAGGAAGUACCACUACGUUGCGCCUGAAAGGAAGGAAAGACCAUCUGGAGGGGCAGGCAACGCUACUGGGAAUCUCUUGGAUGUGGAUUACCAGGGCCAGGAGUGGCGCUCGAAGGUGGACCAGAACGAGAGCGAAUAUACUCGUCUGCGGGUGACCGAGGAGGAUGAGUCGGAUGAAGUGCAUCUCCGAACGAGAUACCUCUUUGACGAGGACAAGGCCAUGACGCCGCUUAGCCAGAUGCAGGCGACCAAGGACCUCCUCACCGAGGCUCAGCGCGUAGCGUACGUCGGUCUCUGUGCUCUGACCAGCCGCGAGAUGUCGGACUCGUUAAAGCGGGUAAAACGGAAGGAGUUGAAGAAGGCAAUUGAUAACAUGGAGUUGUGGGCGUUGAAAAUCAUGGGUCGGUUGUAUUAUCAUAUGGAGCUUGCAACUGAAGAACAGAAGAUGAUUGAAACUUUGGCGCUACAUGGCAUUCAAGCUAAAGACCUCGUACCAUCCCUCAUGACCACCCGGACGGUCGCGAAUCCGGAGUAUGAUCCCGCAGAAGCUCAACGACAAGAAGAGGAACGGGCAGUGUCCGAUGCAGCUCGACUGGAGGAAUUAGAGGGUGACUCUGCCGACCUAUCGGAGACUAAGACAUCAUCGCAAGCCGCUUCUGCAGACAGCAGCCCUGAGGUGCCUCCGCCGAUACCUCCAAAGCCAGUGCAAACUACGGCAAAAGUCUUAGAGGAUACUUCAUCAACUGUGCCUGGUGUGAGCACUCAUCUCUCUGCUGCAGACAAGAACGUCACACUCGACAUCCGAUGGACCAUUCUUUGCGAUCUGUUUCUCAUCCUCAUCGCCGAUAGUGUGUAUGAUGCGCGUUCCCGAGUGCUGCUAGAGAAUGUUGCGUUGAAACUCGGUCUCGGAUGGCUGGAUGUCGUGAAGUUUGAGCGGCGUGUGACAGAAGCGCUUGAAAUCCAGGAGGGAGUGGAGAGUCUUGAACAGAAAGAGAUCAUUGACGGCGUGAAGAAGACUUCUAAAAAGAGGCGCUAUAUGAUGCUAGGACUUGCUACGAUAGGCGGCGGUCUGGUUAUUGGUCUCUCUGCGGGUCUUCUCGCACCCGUCAUCGGCGCCGGUCUUGGUGCUGCCCUUACCACAGUGGGUAUAACCGGCACCACCGGUUUUCUGGCGGGUGCGGGUGGAGCUGCUGUUAUAACAACUGGCGGUGUAUUGACUGGUUCUGGUAUUGCUGUGAGGGGCAUGGCGAAUCGGACGCAAUAUGUCCAUACAUUCGAUAUCCUUCCAUUACACAAUACCAAGCGUGUAAACUGCAUCCUCACGGUGUCUGGAUUCAUGAACGGCAAACUAGACGAUGUACGAUUGCCAUUCAGCGUCUUGGAUCCGGUGGUGGGAGAUGUAUUCAGUGUGUUGUGGGAACCAGAAAUGAUUCAAGAAACAGGCAGUGCGCUCAAGAUUUUGACGAGCGAAGUCCUGACACAACUUGCCCAGACUGCUUUACAAGCUACUGUUAUGACAGCGCUGGUGAGUGCGUUACAGUGGCCAAUCAUCUUGACCAAGUUGGGUUACCUCAUCGAUAAUCCCUGGUCGAAUGCGCUGGAUCGUGCACGCGCUGCGGGUCGUGUGCUGGCAGAUGUGCUCAUCCAUAGACAUCUCGGCGUUCGCCCAAUCACUCUCAUUGGCUUUUCUCUGGGCUCCCGUGUCAUCUUCUACGCCCUCCUUGAGCUCGCAAAGCUGAAGGUGUUUGGCAUUGUACAAGACGUUUUUCUCCUGGGCGCCACCGUUACCGCACCGUUACACACAUGGCUCGAAGUGCGUUCUGUCAUUUCGGGUCGGUUCGUGAAUGCAUACGCACGAAACGACUGGGUGCUCAACUAUCUCUUCCGUGCAACGAGCGGCGGUCUCAACACUGUUGCUGGCCUGCGUCCUGUACAAGACGUGCCUGGUUUGGAGAACGUCGACGUCACUGACAAGAUCGCAGGGCACAUGAGUUAUCGCACAUUCAUGCCUCUAAUUCUCGAUCAACUUGGCUUUCCUGUGUCGGCUGAUUAUUUCGAUGAACCGGUGGAGCCCGACUUUGAGGGAGAGCGGAUAGUGGUCCGGGAGGACGAAGACUUGAAGCAGAAGCGAUCAUGGUUCUCAAGGAAGAAGCAGCCACCCACGCCCACCUCACGUGUCUCAAGACCACCGUCCGCUGGCUCAUUUUCGUCGAUUUCGCCACACAAGAAGACACUCUCACCGCGGUCAAGUGUUGACGACGACCUUCCUCCGCGAGAGGCGGCCCCUCCGCCUCUGAUACCUCCGACAGCACAUGGUCCGGAAACGACGUCUAGUGAGCCGCCUGUGGCAGAUGGUUCUGACAUAUCAGCGUCCAACAUUCCCGUCCGCGCUGGAUUUAACUUCGCGGCGAUCAAGGAAGUCAUCGGGGAAUCUGAACGGAAACCCGAAGAGGUGCAGAUACCUGUUCCACGUCGACUUCCCGUCCCCCAUAUUUCCGAGCCCACCCAUCGUUCCGAAUCUGUCCCUCUACCCAUAUCCGAAUCACCAGAACCAAUACCAAGGAUACGGGCAUCACUGGACUUGCCAUCGAUGGACGAUCGGGAUGAGCCAGUCGCUGGCCCGAGUUCAAUUUCGAACAGUGAUUCCACAGCAAGGUCUAUGUCGCUGAAUGACGUCCGAGGCCAGGAAACACUGGCAUCACAUGACACCGAAAUACCCGCAUUAAACAUAGAGCCAUCACCUGCAUCUGAAGCUCCUUCUGCCGUACUGUACGAAGCAAGUAACAGCUCGUUUUGGCCAUCGGAGCAACCAGAGCAGCCGCCGAGAUACAGCUCUUACAGUUACCGCCCGACCUCCAGCAAUUUACGGUUGAGAGAAACGCCUUCCUUUGGCGUUAGCGGGCGGUUUGGCGGUCCAUCCACGUCCUACAUUCUACCACCACCGGAUGAUCCGUUUGCACAGGGCACUUCAUUGUCCUUCGGCGGCAUGGAUGGAUCAAUAACGUUUUCGCCCUCAUCGCUGAAUAUAGAGCAGGCUCGAUGGGCUGGCAGCACGUUGAGCAGUGACAAUGCAAAGAAAUCUGCAAGCGUGCUUGAUCUCAACCCAUGGCAGAGUUGA